UCCGCUUGACGCUUGAUCCACGUUGCACCUGGCACUUCAAGCCAGUACAGCAGCACAAACGAAAAAUCACGAGGGCUGCAGCACGUACUCAAGGCCACCCCCCUUCGGCGAUUGCGAAGAAGAGCAGAGGGCCAGCCUACGCGGUAUCGCUUUGCAUUGCUGGGGAGCAACUAGGAUGGCGAGCUCCGCGCUUCCAAUUGCGGUUGCGGUUGAAGGCAAACCAACAGGAAGCGGCGUUGUGUGUUCGAUUGCAGACGAGGACGACAAGGCGCCGCUCCUCGUGUUGCACCACCACACCAAUGGCCGCGCAUGGUUGAGAGGUGACGGGGGACCCUGGGAGGGCUGGGGACUUCAGGAUCCGCUGGAGAGGUGGUCAGGCGUGGCUGUAAAGGGCGGGAGGGUCGUCGGUCUCAAGCUUUACCUGUGCAAACUUAUGGGAUUCAUCCCGCACGAGCUCGGAAGCCUGUCCUGCUUGCUGUACUUGGACCUGGGGCGCAACCAGUUAUUCGGAUCGAUCCCGCCGGAAUUCGGGGCACUAAGGCAAUUAAGAACCUUGGACCUACAUCACAAUCAGCUAUCAGGGCCCAUCCCCGAAGAACUGGGAGCUCUCAGCGAGUUGAGGGAACUCAGCCUCGGUUCAAACCAGCUCACAGGGUCUAUUCCUGCCGCCCUGGGCCGCCUUGGUUCAUUGGAAGUGCUACGGCUGACGGACAACAUGCUUUCUGGUGCCAUUCCGUGCGAGCUUGGUCAGCUCAUCAACUUGAAGGUGCUCAAGCUGAACGGAAACGAGCUUGCGGGCGAGAUUCCAAAGGAGCUAGGAUCGCUUUCGGGGCUGGUCAGCCUCUGGCUAAACAAGAACAACUUGUCCGGAAACAUCCCUCAGGCCCUGGGGGCUUUGCAUCUGUUGGAAAACCUUUGGCUCAAGGACAACAAAGAGCUGAAAUACAUACCGAUGGUGACCAAGAUGCAGCUCCGGUGGAAGAUGAAGGGUGAGUGCGACAUCCGCCUGUGAACAUGAGCAACACCUUCGUGUUUUCUCACGGAUGGAAAAGUAAAAGCCCUUUCAUGUCCAUCGAGUGCCUUCCGGACCAAGUCUAGACUAAAGCCGAUUCAUGGGAGUGCGGCGGAGGCGUCGACUUGACCUGGAGGCCCUGAUCACCUGGAACAGCAGUGGCUUUGAGUGGUGGCACUUAAACCGAAGUUCGCGAUGUGUAGCUGCUGUUCUGCACGUGCUGAGACCGUGCAUCGUACGCCUCGUUUGUACUGCCUUCCUCAAAGCGCAGGCGCUCGUUUGGCCAGAGAGUUCUGUUUGGAGGUUGCGAAAGGAGAGCAACCGGGGUUGAUCCUUGAUCCUACACUUGAAGAGUUGAGGUCACGUUGAGCAGCGAGGUUGCUAGGCAGGCUGUACGACACGGCCCGGUUCACGGACACGGAGCUUGAACUGAAGUAGUGAAUCGCCCGAUUCUGUGUGUUUCAAGGGUGGACGUGGGCACAGCUGCUUCGGGAUGGACACAGGCAUCAGCGAGGAACGCAAAGGUCGGAACUAAAGUACAUACACAGUACGUCGCCCGAUUCUGUGCAUUUGAAGGGUGGUCGCAGGCAACGAUGCUUCAGGAUGUGCACAGGCCUCAGCGAGGAACGCAGAGCUUGGAACGUAAUUAGUGCGUCGCCCGAUGCUGUGUUUUUGGCCGGUGUACGCGGGCGAACGUGCUUCGGGGUGCACAAAGGCAUAGUGUGGUAUGUAGAAAAUUAGAAGUACCGGCUGGCCAAGGCCGUGGUCAAAGACAAGACGCUAGCCUCAG